UUUAUUAAGACGUUCAAAAAUCAUAAAAUAAUUUUAUUUAAAAAAAUGGAAAAUUAUAACUCUGAAAUUUCUCCACAAAUUUGCGAUAAUCUUUGGCCCUUAAUACUAGAAUGCAAUAACUGUGAAAUAAAAAGUACCGAUACCGCUGAAUAUUUUAUACCCCAACAACAAUUUGAUCAUUUAUGGGCUCAUGAACUUUUAGCUAGUAAAAAUUACGAAAAUUAUGCCCCUCCCAUAGAAUUAAAAUGCAAAAAAUCAAGUGAAAAACAUUGCAUAACAACCGCUGAAGAGGAAGAAAUCAAACAAUUACCUUAUCGUGAAAAUCACACAAAAAUCCUACCUCUUGAUCAACAAUUAGCUAAUAUACAACAAGAUGUUGAAAUAAGACAAAAAUUGGCUAGAGAUUUUAACCAACGUAAUUAUCCCUGGUAUAUACAAAGACCGUCUUAUGAAAACGAUUUUCAAAUGACUCAAGAAAUAAGGGAAAUAUUUAAGAAACCAUUUGAGUAUGAAAUACUUAAGAAUAUACAACGUUGUCAAUGUAAUUUAAUGAUAAUAGAUAUGGCUCCCGAUAUACCUUUAAGGAAUUUAGAAGGCUGGCUUAAAUUCUCUCCUUAUGUAGCUCUAAUAACUGUUAUACAUGUUAAGGAACUUUAUGGGAAACUUAAAAAUUUUAAUAGUGCAUUUCAGCCCGUAUUAAUGGAAACAGAUAAGGGUAAUACAUGGCAAGAAGUGUUAAAUGAUUCCCUUGAAUUAGGUGUUAACAAAGCUAAAGAAUUAUUUUUACUAGAAGAUGCUGGCAAACCAUUCGUUUUUGUAUUUUCUAAUAAUCGCGGUAUUUGUGUUUGGGAUAAAUUUAAAAUAUUAAAAAAAUUUUGAAAAUUUUCUUUAUUUUUAUAAAAAUAUAAGAUUUUUUUUUAGAAUUUCUCAAAAAAAUCCAA